AUGGCGAGGAAUGCCGAGAGCCCUGCUACGCUGGCUACGGUGACCAGUUGGAUGGGCUUUAUGUCUGGAGUCUUCACGCUAAUACUGUGGUGCUUCCUUCUACCAGCAAGCAAAGUUCGGCUCUAUGUUGAACCGGGAAACUUCAUGGGGGACGUAAAUCAGGAGAGAUGGAGGCAAGCGCUCUUCUCCUUUACCCCUGAGGUGUUUGUAGAUGUAUGGACACCGUUUCUCUUUGGGGCUGUUUCUUUAGUUGCCCACUUUUCCAGCUUCGAGUUGCCUCUCGUGACGGGGGACUAUUUUCGUUUCUUUUGCUGGAAUCUGGUCAUGGCCCUCUUCGCAAAUUUGGGGUACGCGGGGGGUCUUGGGAUCAUCUGCGGCAGCUAUACGCUCCUCGUCGCUUUCUUUUCCCUCAUUUGCCUUUGUGCGUGCAACGGGUGUGCUAAACUCAACCUGGACCCCUUUAGCCAGCAGGAACCUCUAGACUUCUAA